CACAAUGUCCACCUCUCCGGCCACCGUCGCCGGCGCCGGCGCAACUUCAGAGCAAAUCAUUCAUCACUCAAAUGAAUAUCUCUCAAAAACCCUUUCAUCUCCCGACCUUCGUCAUAAUCUCUUCUCUUCCUUCCAAAGAAAAAACCCAUCUUCAAAUUCCGACCAAAUCACUCUCAAUCUCGCAGUUGAAACCAUCGAAAACGCAAUCAGAACAACUAACCCAUUUGUUAAAUCUUCUUCACUUACUCUAUCUGAAAAACUUCUUAUCUCAAUUUCAAAUAAUCUCUUUGCAUCUUUCCUUCUUUCAUUAGUUCAUUCCUUAUCAUCUCGUCCAAUUGAAGCUACACUUUCCCUUCUUGAUGUUUUCAUUUCCGACCCUUCAUUAGCUAGAACUGAUAUCGCACCUAAACUCUUCGAAGAACUGUUUCUGAUACAUUUCAUUCCUGUUCUUGAUUGGUUUAAUGAUAAGAGAGCAAAGAUCAUGUCUUUAUCGAUCACAAGAUUGAAUCUGUUGUCAAAGAUGAGUAGUGAUCAGACAUCACAGAUAAAGAUGCUUGAACAAGAGUAUUCUAAAGUUCUUGAUCAGAAUUGCAGGGUUUUCGCUCAAUAUUUCAGUGAUGUAUUGGUUAACAGUAGAGGCAAGAACAGAUUGAUUCAUCUUAAUCUUCCAUCUGUGGUUUUGGAAACGAUUGAAGAAAAGGGUGAUGAAUUGGAACUGAUUCAUUAUGAAAGAAAUGAAGCAAGGGAUUCUGGAAUAAGUAAUCCUCGGAAUAACCCAAUAUGGAUUGAAGAAGAAGAAGAGAAAUCAUCAGUUGAAUUUCUAAACAAUAACAAUGGCAAAAUCCUCCACAAAUUCCCAUCAUUUUAUCCGGAGAGAGUUUCUCCAAACGUCCUCACAGGUCAAAUCUCUAUGAAGAACAAGAAAUCAGAUACAAUAUCGGAAGAAGAUUCCGAUUCGGAUUCCGAUCAAUCAUCUUGUUCAAAUUCCGAUGCAGAUGCCGAACAAGAGAGAAGAAAUCCAGCAGCCUGCAGAAUCAGAAUCAGAAUCAGAAUUGAGCCAGUGAGUAAAAUAUUCAACAAUGUUUCCUCAGAGUCAUCUACUAACAUUUGGACAUUUCUUGUCACAAGAUCUCAAGAUAUUCUAACAGAUCAUUCACUUAGAGAAGAAGGAAGAGCAAAACAACCGCCUCCAAAGGAUUUCGUAUGUCCGAUUACAUCUCAAAUAUUCAACGAUCCAGUAACUCUAGAAACAGGUCAGACUUACGAACGUAGAGCGAUCCAGGAAUGGAUUGAUAGAGGUAACUCUACUUGUCCAAUUACUCGUCAGGAAUUGAGAAUCACUCAACUUCCGAAUACAAACUAUGUGCUGAAGCGUUUAAUCGCGAACUGGAUAGAAUUGAGUUUGAGUAGUCUGUCGCAUACGGAGACUUCGCCUUCUAUAGAUUCAACAAUGCACUCGACUUCACCUAACAGCGUGAUAACUCACGCUAACGUUGAUGCAACGGUUACGGAGCUUAGACUAGCUAUAACCAGUCUAUGUACUUCGGAAAUUCUGAAAGAAUCUGAAAUGGCUGUUAUUCGAAUUGAGAAGUUUUGGAGAGAAACGUCUAUGGAUGUUGAGAUCUUGUCUAUGUUAUCUAAAGCAGAAGUCAUCAACGGUUUCGUGGAGAUUUUAUUCAAUUCUGUUGAUCCUCAAGUGUUGUCCGCCACGGUUUACCUUCUCUCGGAGCUUGGAUCGAGAGAGGACGGUGUGAUCCAGACGUUAACCAGAGUUGAUUCAGAUGUGGACUGUAUUGCAGCUCUUUUUAAGAAAGGUUAUACAGAGGCUGUUGUUCUAAUUCACUUGCUGAAACCACCGUCCACGAGCUUAAUUGAGAUGGAUAUAGCGCCUGAACUCUUAGAUAUCAUUGGAAAUCCAGCUGAUGAUUCGAUUAAGAUGUUCAUGCACCCUAAGAAGGCGGCGAUUUUUGUAUUGGCAGACAUAUUAGGAGGUGCAGAAGCUAGCUUUUUAACUGAAAUAGCUAAAGCUAUCAUUGCCACAGAAGUCAUGGGAAGUAUCAUUGAAACCUUGCAGGCUUCGUGUAUUGACGAAAGGGCUGCAGCGGCUGUAAUCCUUCUGAGAUGCAUUCAGGUGGAAGGAAAAUGCAGAAACCUAAUUACCCACAAGGCUAAUCUCAGUCGCAUCAUGGAGACAAACAUUGGAGCGCGAUUUGAGAUAGUUCAGUUUCUUUCGGAAUUAGUUAAACUGAACAGGAGGACAUCAAAUGAGCAGAUUCUCCACAUAAUAAAGGAUGAAGGAUCUUACAGUACAAUGCAUACACUUCUCGUGUAUCUUCAAACUGCAUUAAAAGAUCAGUGUCCUGUUGUGGCUGGCUUCCUACUCCAGCUUGACCUUCUGGAGGAGCCGAGGAAGAUGAGCAUAUAUAGAGAAGAAGCAAUAGAUUAUCUCAUUUCAUCUCUGAAAGAAUCCGAGUCUCCAACCUCUCAAAUAGCUGCAGCCGAGAUGAUUUUAGCUCUGCAAGGAAGUUUCUCCUCUUCAGGGAAGCCACUUAUAAGAUCUGUUCUUCUUAAACGUGCUGGAAUAGUUAAGAGAACGAAUAGGCGACAUGAAAACUCGGAAGAAGAUGAAGAAGAAGAGAAGGCUGCAGAUGAAUGGGAAAAGAAAGUGGCAUAUGUUCUAGUUAGCCAUGAAUUUGGUCUGAUAUUUGAGGCUCUAGCCGAAGGUUUAAAGAGUAGAUAUGCAGAGUUAGGCUCAGCGUGCUUUCUGUCAGCAACAUGGCUCGUUUACAUGCUCGACAUUCUUCCAGACACAGGCAUACGAGGUGCUGCUAGAGUAUGCUUACUUAAGCGAUUUAUAUCGAUAUUCAAAUCUGCAAAAGAUAUCGAAGAUAAAGCCCUUGCAAUGCUCGCCUUGAACAGCUUCAUUCACGAUACAGAGGGUCUGCGCGAAAUUUCUAUGAACAUGAAGGAUAUCUUGAAAGGUCUAAGAGAGUUGAAGAAAUACUCUAGCAUGGCUUUUGAUAUGCUUAAAGCACUCUCAGAAGGCCAUGAAUCAAGCUGUGAAAUCUGGAAUCACAAAGAAAUCAUUCAAGAAGAUUCUAGCGUGAAUGGCGAAGUAUCGUCCAUGAUUUGCUACGAAGAUAAGAUAUUCUCGGGUCAUUCAGAUGGAACAAUUAAGGUCUGGUUGGCUAAAGGAAACAACUUGAGGCUCAUACAAGAAGUGAAAGAGCAUAGCAAAGUGGUAACUAGCUUGAGGGUUCUGCAUCCAGGUGAUAAACUAUACAGCGGUUCUCUCGAUAGAACUGUGAGGGUCUGGACUAUAAGUGGCGAAAUAAUUCAAUGCACACAGAUUCACGACAUGAAGGAUCAUGUCAACAAUCUAGUAGUCGCAAACAGCCUCGUUUGCUUCAUUCCUCAAGGAGCCGGAAUCAAGGUGCAUAUGUGGAGUGGGGGAUCGAAAUUAUUGUUGCCAAACAAAUACGUAAAGUGUUUGGAUCUUGUCCAUGGAAAACUGUACUGUGGAUGUCAUGAUAAUAGCAUUCAGGAAAUCGAACUAGCGACUGGAACUAUAACUACAAUUCAAAGUGGAUCGAGGAAAUUAUUGGUGAAAGCAAACCCGAUCCAAGCAAUGAACGUGCAUGAUGGAUUAAUAUAUUCAGCCAGUAGCAGCUCCUCCUCCUCAAUGGAUGGAGCUGUUAAGAUAUGGAAUGUUUCAAAUUACAGUAUGGUUGGAUCAUUGGCGUCUACAAUGGAGGUGAGGGCAAUGGCGAUAAGUUCAGAGCUAAUAUAUCUCGGUGGGAAAGGUGGGGCGGUUGAAGUUUGGUGCAGAAAGAAGGCCAAUAAGGUGGAAACGCUUAAUACCGGAAUAAACAGUAAGAUCGUUUCCAUGGCUCUCAAUAACGACGAAGAUGUGUUGGUAAUUGGAACUUCGGAUGGAAAAAUUCAGGUAUGGGGUCUAACUUAGAAGUUGAUGAUUGACAAACAACCUUGAAUUCAAGAUGAGUUUAUUGAUAUAUAUUAUUUUAGGAAU